GGCACGACUUCUAGGACACGGUUCGGUUCCUGAAUGUCGGACGAUCUGCUAUGCAUGAGUUCGGUUCCGACUUGUCUGAAACAAGUCAGUCCACACAUGCAAUUCCCAGACUAUGACGCGAUUGAGUUAGACGGACCGAACAUAACGUUAUUCUACGAGCGCACAAUGAUUUAUACACUUCGAUUUGCCUGCUUGCCUCCUGUAUCUUCCCCUACAAUUCAUCUUCCUCUAGGCAGAACCAUCAUUCUGUUACUGUUCUUACUCUCAACAUGGAUUCCAUCCAUACCAAAACUCGACAAUGGCAGAAGCCUUUAAUUUGGUCAGCAUCGUUGGCAGUUGUCGUUAUCGCCUUUGCGGGAUCAUAUCUUCACCAGCGUCCGGAGAAAGGAACUCCUCAUUUCGACUUUGACCCGCGCUUCAAACUUCCCUCGCCUCCAGUGGAUACGCCUUACUCAGACAAGGGCAAUGUAAUAGCCAUGGUUCUGACAGGAGUCAGUGGCCUUUUCGCAGUCGCAUGUGGUGUCCGUGACGCCCGAAUCACGCGCUCAUUGUUACCGUUGGUCUUGCCUUUGAGUGGUGGCAUGAAUGUACUUUCAGAAACUAUGAUCGAUGUACUAGGAGCUGUUUAUUACCCUUGGCCCGAGAACUACGUUUCGUUCCAUAUUCUAGGACGCGAGAUCGUCCCUUGGAUCCCAAUCUGGUUCGGUUACGCGUCGAUAAUGCAGCUGGGGCUCCAACUGCUGCAUAAGAACGCGACGACUCGGAUGUUAUGGGCAUUUUUUGGAUUGACGAUGAUCUUGGAUCUGGUCCUCGAAGAAAUCCUGCUUCCAUUGGGGAUAUACGACUACUAUGGAAACCAGCCUCUUAUCGUACUGAACAAAUUCCCUUGGUGGUGGAUGGGGCCAAAUGCCGUCGCAGUAUUUUUGCCGACGGCUCUUGCGUAUCGCCUGCGAUAUCUUCUGGUCAGCUGGAAAUCUCUCGCCGUAUUCUUCCUUACGCCAAUGUCGGUUUGUGCAGCAUACGGUCUGAUCGCUUUUCCAGCUUGGACUGCCAUCAACGACAAUUAUAGUUGGUUUGUGAGAGACUUUCUCGGUCUUCUAACGUUGCUCCUCGCACCCAUCGUGUUCUGUGGCAUCUUGGAGAUCGUAUUGGGAAGGCACCCGCUCGAUAUGGACGGGACUGGGAACUCUGAUCAGAUACCACCGACUCCGGAAGAGAACAUCGGUACAUAUCAGGAUGACUGCUAGAGUAUCGUGCUGUCGGUCUCAGAGGAUGUUCAACUAGCGCAAUGUGCCCAGGAGUACUCUGUUUGAACCGUAUAUUGUUGAGGAAGGGAGCGGUUGCAAACAUGAGUUAUCGGCCUGCCCUACUCGCUUCUUAGUCCGUAAAGAGAGACUAGGAUCUUAAAGAUGUUAACGGGCUUCACGUUCA